AUGCCUUCCGACCACCUUGACGACGUGCGGCCCAUGUUUGAGCUCCGCGGCCGUAACUACAUCGUUACGGGCGGAGCCCAGGGCAUCGGUUUUGCAUGCACUCGCGCUAUUUGCGAGAUGGGCGGAAAUGUAGCAGUAUUUGAUAUCCAGGAUAAGCCAGUCGAUGAGUUUAACACGCUCUCUGAGAAGUUUGGCACAAAAACUGUUUACAUCAAGACGGACGUCACGUCGCAAGAGAGUAUCCAAGCUGCUUUCGACAAAGUGAUUGCGGAAUUCGGCUCCAUCAACGGCUGUGUGCCAGCGGCGGGCAUUGCCAUAGAUAAGCCAUUCCUCGAUCAAACAUGGGCCGAGUUCAACCGCAUCCAGGAGAUCAACGUUCGCGGAACAUUCUUCGUCGCUCAACUUGCGGCCAAGCAAAUGUUGAAGCAAGGGUCGGGGGGCAGCAUGGUCCUUCUAGCCUCCCAGUCCGCGCACAUUGCUCUCCCCGGCUACCGCAUGGCGGCAUACAACGCCUCCAAGGGAGCCGUCUUCAUGCUCUCCAAGGCCCUUGCCGUUGAGCUCGCACCACACAACAUCCGCGUGAACACCAUUUCUCCCGGUUUCGUCGACUCAGAAAUGACAAGAAACGUACGGGCGUCAAAGAGUAAGCGGGAGGGAGAGCAGAUGUGGCUCGCGCCGCCCAACCAGAGGCUUAGCACGCAAAACGACCUUACUGGUGCCGUCGUCUAUCUCCUCAGUGAUGCUGCGCGCCACACAACGGCAGCGGAUAUACCCAUCACUGGUGGACUUCAUGCGGGAACCAUGGAUGGAGAUUGGUACUCCACGGCGACAUUCCUCCAAAGUUGUUGGCUCAACGACUUUGACUGGUACGAGGUUCAGAGCCACAUGAACGAGGUGCCGCAGUACUUGGCCACAGUUGAAGACCUUACAAUACACUUCACCCACGCUCGAUCGCAGAGUCCUGAAGCAAUUCCCCUGCUCGCCAUUCAUGGCUGGGCUGGGACGUUUUGGGAGUACAGUCAAAUCUGGCGUCCGUUAUCUGAUCACGCCAACCUUGACAAUCCAUCUUUCCACAUCGUGGUACCAAGCAUGCCAAAUUUCUGUUGGUCCUCUUCCUCAAAGCAGGCUAGCUGGAAGCUUAAGGACAACGCACGUGUUUUUGACACGCUCAUGAAGAGCCUUGGGUACAACGAGUACAUGGUUCAGUGUGGCGAUUUGGUUCAUGCUGUAGGCCGUGAGCUUGGUGCAAAAUACACUGACUCCUGUAAGCUUCUGCACUGCAACUAUGCUUCCAUUCCGCUACCAGAUGAUACCCAGCUCUCAGAACGCGAGAAGGAGGACUUCCGCAAAUAUAGAAACUGGGUACAGCGCCAUAGGGGAUUUGACGUCACCGCCAGAAUCCAACCUCAAACAAUUGCGCUAGCAUUGCAUGAUAAUCCUAUGGGAAUACUCAUGUGGGUUCUUGAAAAGUACCAGGUCGUCGGUCACUCAGAGCCCUGGAACAAUCCCUUGUGGACCAAGGCCAUUCUGACCACCGCGUCUCUGUACUUUUUCACCGGAUGUAUCAUGUCCUCGGUCAUGCCAUACUACAAUCCUCCGACUUACGAGAAGUUCUCGGAUCUUCCGAUAGACGAAGACAAUAGAAUUCAAGUGCCAUUUGGGUUCAGCUCCUUUUCCUGCGAUACGGACGAAGCCUCCAAAAGAGCAAUGAGACGAUCAGUCGAGCAGAAUGGGAACCUGGUCUUUUACAAAGGUCAUCUCGCUGCUCUACAGCAGCCAGACGGAUUGGUGCAGGACAUACGAGACUUGGCUAAAGAAAUGUGGGGAAGGCAGCCGAAAGGUGGAAGUCCCAGUACCAUCGGAGGGCUGAAACUCUCGUUCAAUCCAAUUGACUCACGAGUUCGGCCCGAGUAUCGUACUUAA